GCCGUCUUUGGCCUCCAGGGGGCGCCGUUUCUUCGAUAGUUUCUUUGUUUUGCUUUUUUUUUUCCAUCUCUUGUCCGCUACCCGUGAGCUCAGUUAAAGGGUGGCUGGUUGUUUAAAAAAAAACAAAACAUUUUUGUCAUGGCGGAGGACAGUGAAUCCGCAGCCAGUCAGCAAAGCCUGGAGCUGGACGACCAGGAUACCUGUGGGAUAGACGGAGACAACGAGGAAGAGAAUGAACAUAUGCAGGGCAGUCCAGGGGGUGAUUUGGGAGCCAAGAGAAAGAAGAAGAAGCAGAAGAGGAAGAAAGAGAAGCCAAGCUCAGGGGGAGCCAAAUCUGACUCUGCCUCUGACUCUCAGGAGAUAAAGAACCCUGGCCUGCCUAUUCAGAAGCUGCAGGACAUCCAAAGAGCCAUGGAACUGCUGUCCUGUCAGGGUCCAGCAAAGAGCAUCGAUGAGGCAGCCAAGCAUAAGUACCAAUUCUGGGACACUCAGCCUGUCCCAAAAUUAAAUGAAGUUGUGACGAGUCACGGGCCAAUUGAAGCUGACAAAGAAAACAUCAGACAGGAGCCAUAUUCUUUACCUCAAGGCUUUAUGUGGGACACUUUGGAUCUCAGCAAUGCAGAUAUUCUGAAGGAGUUGUACACAUUGCUAAAUGAAAACUAUGUAGAGGAUGAUGAUAACAUGUUCAGAUUUGAUUAUUCCCCUAGCUUUCUGAGAUGGGCUCUACGUCCGCCUGGCUGGUUACCACAGUGGCACUGCGGAGUGAGAGUGUCCUCAAACAAGAAGCUUGUUGGCUUCAUCAGUGCCAUCCCUGCAGAUAUACGCAUCUAUGAUACGAUAAAGAAGAUGGUAGAAAUCAACUUCCUGUGUGUUCAUAAGAAGCUCCGUUCAAAGCGUGUUGCUCCUGUUCUUAUCAGAGAGAUAACAAGGAGGGUGAACUUAGAAGGAAUAUUUCAGGCAGUUUACACUGCUGGAGUUGUACUGCCUAAACCUGUGUCUACAUGCAGGUAUUGGCAUCGAUCACUGAACCCCAGAAAGCUUGUGGAAGUAAAAUUCUCCCAUCUGAGCAGAAACAUGACUCUACAACGAACCAUGAAACUUUAUAGGCUACCAGAUAGUACCAAGACGGCAGGUCUGCGGCCGAUGGAGAGGCGUGACAUCGGACAGGUCACUGAUCUGCUACAGAAAUACUUGAAACGGUUCCAGCUUGCACCUUCAAUGGCUGAAGAGGAGGUGGCUCACUGGUUCUUACCGCAGGAAAACAUAAUCGACACAUAUGUUGUAGAGGGUGCAGAUGGCGUGCUGACAGAUUUUACUAGUUUCUACACUUUGCCUUCGACUGUGAUGCAUCACCCUCUCCAUAGGACCCUGAAGGCAGCGUACUCUUUCUACAAUGUUCAUACACAAACACCACUACUGGACCUAGUGAAUGAUGCACUGAUCCUGGCCAAACUGAAAGGUUUUGAUGUGUUCAAUGCCUUGGAUCUAAUGGAGAAUAAGGUGUUUCUGGAGAAGCUGAAGUUUGGGAUAGGAGAUGGAAAUCUGCAGUAUUACCUCUACAACUGGAAAUGUCCCCCUAUGGACCCUGAUAAGGUUGGACUCGUCCUUCAGUAGCAGCUCUCUUCACAGCUGCUACGUAAACACACACGGUUGUCUGUGACCUCUGGAUAAUCCUAACCUGGACAUGCAGGUCACCCAAGCUCGACAAUGAGAACUACAACAUUAAAACUAGCCUGGUGACCAAGUGGUGGUUUGACCAGCACUUGUGUCAUCAAGAGCAUUCUCAGACCACCUGGAGGUGAAAACUCUUAAAUCAUCAUCCUGAAUGUGAAGUCAUGCUAUGCCUGAGAUAUUCAUACAGUCCAACACUCCUGACCUGCAUUUAAAAGACAACCAGUUCAAGAGGAUGCCUUGACAUUGUGCAUUUUCUUUAGUUCUUCAUUUUCAACAGGCAGUUGUGAGAGGCUGGCAUGUCUUUAAGUUUACUGGAACUAUGUAAAUGAUAAUCAACAAGAAAACAAGACCAGAUAUAGUUAACUACUUUUUACUUUUGUUAUCCUCUCCAAACAGUUGUGUCGCUGCUCCGCAUAUCGUCUCCCUCCUCUUUCUUGUCUUGGUCAGUCAUGUGUCUCUGCUGGCUGUUUUUGGCCUCAGUAGAAAUAGAAAUGCUGAGAAGUGUUUCUGACACAUUAAGAAACACAAUGAUUCCAGCAACAACAAAAAAAAUCUUUUAAAAAAUAAACUUGGUCACAUAUAAAGCUACACAAACAGUGUCAAGUAACACACGAACAAGAAGGGUGUCAUCCACCUGGUGCAUUGAUAUACAUGUUUCUGUUUAAAAAAAAAAGAUAUAUAGUUGACUGUACAUUUAAAGUCAGAUCAUAUUUAUUCCUGUAGUGUGAGUUUGGAAUUUGGUAGUGCUGAUCCAACGCAUUUUCCUCAUAAGUUAUUUAAAAGUCAGAGUUUUUUCAAAGUGGGUCAAAAUUGUUUCUAAUGAAGAAUGUAUUGCAUUGAUGAAGCACAAUUUUCUGAGUUUGUAAACAAGCAAAAGGACCCUUAUUUGGAGGAUCUGAUCCCACAACACAGGGGUUGGAGUGUACACUUUACAACUUUCGUUUUUACUUGUGAUGGAAGCUGUUUUUAUGUUAUGAAUCUGUCUAGAGCUGAGCUUUUUAUUACAACUUUACACCCAUAUGUGUGGUAAUGAAUACUGUUGAAGUCAUUCAGGUUGUUGAACGCAACAUUGUACGGUUAUUUGCAUGGCACUGUUGUGCUGUUAGGUUACCAAAGCUGUUGAUAGUAGCAGAAUAAAGUUGAGAUGGCCAGUGCAAAAGUAGGGCAGUGAGAAUUAAAAGCAGCAAACUAGACUUGAGUUUUGUACAAGUAGUUUCUGUUUAGAAGCUGUUUUAUUAUGUUAAAAUAGCUUGUUUACUUGGAAACGAGGGUUUUUAAGCAGCCAGUGUUUGUUUUCUUCUUUUGAUUUAAUCAUUGCCAGAGCAAGCCUUUGCUGCAAAGAAGUGAACAAGCCGCAACACUUCUUAAAAACACAAAUUCACUAAUCUGCUCGCCUGCAAUGAGGUGUUAAAUAUGUUAAAUAGAAUUGAGUUCAACACCUAAUAAUUUAGUGGCAGGUACAGUGGCUG